UCAUCUUUCACUUUCAUCCUCUAACUUUUACUUUGGGGUCUGCGAUUUGAUAUUGUUUGCUAAGGAGGUUUGUCUCCUUUUAGUUUUAGUUUUAGAAAACCCUGUUGGGGAAAUCACUCUCCCACAGGGCAGUAGGGUUGUAAUCUCUUAAGUUUCGCAAAAUAAAUGACCUGCCUUUUGGUAGGUCAACUUUAGAUUUAUUGUGAUUGAGAAUUUCUUCUAUGCUACUUGGCUAUUAGAGGACUGAGAAGAGUGUUCCAAAGGUUAUGUUUACCAGCAGACUCGCUACCCAUAUCUGUGAAUAUGCUUCCUCCUGCAGCAUAUAGCUGUAGAGGGGUUUGAAGAUGGACUUCCACAUCGUCUUGAUGUUUCUGUGGACUCUUUGUGGUGUUCCUUUGAAUGCUUUGAAGUUCAGUCUAUUAAAACCUGCGGUUCCUAAGAGGCUGUUGGAGGGAGACUCCUGGAUUAUCUCACUAAAUUCCCCCAAACAAGAUGGCGACACCUUGGUGUGGGAAUGUGAUAACGACGUCAUUUACGAGCGGAGGAACGGCACAGUGAAGGGUUUUGCAGACGUGGACGACAGAGGCACACUCACACUGAAGAACGUCACCACUGCAAUGUCCUGCACCUACAGCGCUGAACACCGGAGCAUUGAGGGAGAAUUACUCAAAACUCAAUCAAAGGAGAUCUCUGUAGUCCCCAAGGUUCUGGUUCCAACGUUGGCCGUGGUGUGUUCCUCAUCCGGUGAAGGAACCCUCCACUGUGUGCCCGGGGGAACUAAAGGGUUCUCCACCCUCUCCUGGUUCCACAACAACAGAGUGAUGAAUGAGACGAUUAACCCUUUCAUGCCCACUCUGCACAGAACAAAGGACCAGUACAGAUGUAGGCUGACCAAUGACCAGUUGAAGGAGGAUGUGGAGGACAGCAAUGACGUCACCAUAUCGUGCCCAAAAUCUGCGGAUGUGUGUCAGCUGCCCAAAGAGGAGGGCACGUGUGUGAAGUUUUUUCUGCAAUGGUACUACGACAGCCUCACCAAGAGCUGCAGCCUCUUCUGGUACGGCGGCUGUGCCGGCAAUGGCAACCGCUUCGAGACCAAGGAGGAGUGCGAGACAACAUGUGGGAAAGCAGGCCCUUCUGAGGUGUUGUUGGUGGUGCUAGUGUGCGCUGCUCUGGUCAUCCUGAUCCUGACUAUCUUGUUAGUCAUCGUCUGCUGCAAGUGCCGACGGCUGAAAAGAGGAAAGCUACCCAAGGACCUUAAGCCAAACACGGCAACCCCUGAUGUGGCAAAGAGCAACUCCAAAGAAUGACCAGCCCCCCAGGAGACCUACUCCCCAAGGAACUUUUCAUUGUGUUUUAAUUCUAACCUAGGAGCCCUCAGAAAAUAACUUUGUAACAUGUCAUGUUAUGCUAAGUCUGGGCACAUACCUCAACUACAUUCGUGCCUUGCAUUCAUAAAUCCACCGUUAAUUAGCCAAUGGUAACAUUUCUCUUUUGCAGCGAGUAUGUCAGCACUGAUUUUGCCAAUAAAUCUCUAUUUGCUCAAAGUUGCAAAAAACUUCAUUUCGUAGAAUCGCGGGGUUGUUGACAUAUACAACGAGGCAUAGAGACCUUUGGUAGCGCACAGUUUGUUUAGACACAAUGCUAUUCUUACAGGCUGUGCAACCGGCGAUAUAGCCUAGCUGCCAGAGCCAGUUUAACAUUUAGGGACUGUCAGUCAAUCCUAUUGUAGCAGGGCGCACCUGAAUGUAACGGCUGUCCACGUACAAUGAAUAUUGUCCCUGGUCAUCUGCCGUAGUUAAAUGACGUCACGGAACUCAGUCUCCGCUAGCCUAUGAAUGGUCAAUCGGUAUUGGCACCUAGGCCUUUGUUUCUAUAAAAACAGCUGAGAGAGGUGGCUAGCUGGAGGUCCCUCUGUGGUGAGGUUUUGCUGCUGUUGGGCUCUGGGCUGCCGAGCAAGGUAUGUACCAACAGUUUAUGCUUAGAGAAAUGCAAUCCUGUAGAACUGUGUAAUUAAAAUACGAUUGAUUAACAGGCUAGCUGGAGAUCCCCGUGGCGUCCAGAGACUUAUCCCCUGCCCUCUGGUGCUUGGAUCAUUUACGUGCCCAUUGUGUCCGGUGUCCUCUGAUGUAAGGUAUGUGUUCAUGUUCCGCUGUAUGUUGUAUGUAAUUUUGUAAAACAUUUUAUUUUAUAUACUGGCACUGUACUAAUGUUUGCCUGUUUUCCCAUAUCCGUCGGGGUACGAUGUGAAAUGUAGGCCGAUUGUCUGCCGCUGUAUUGCCCUAGUUAAGUUUAUAUUUUUGUUUGUUUUGUUUAGUGGCAUUCCUUCUGUCCGACCGCUAUUAAAUUCUCCUGUCCUUUUGUUUUAUGGGUUGGCCACCAGCAAUAACCAGUCAUGUUUUGAUUCUUUUGGCUACUAACCCAGUCGCUAACCGAGCAGGUGUCUAGUAUCGUAGUGAGUGUAAAUUGACUUGACGCACCUGUGUGUAGCCUAGACUAGCUCUAGUGGAUUGCUGUGAUUGAAUCACUUUGCGUGAUGUGCCUGUGAGUCUUUGAGUGUGUGUAUUUACACCAUAGGCACCUGAAAUACACGAGUGGUGAACCACACCUUUAGUUUCAACUAGAUGACCUGCACUGUUGGCCUGGUAUUGUCAAUGUCUUAAAUUUCGCUGGUGAUUGCCAACUCUGGGUCUUGAUAUGUGUUUUUAUUUAUGCGGUGCGGCUCAUUUAGUAUUCCAAAUAUUUUUGUACAAAUAAAAGAAAACAUUUU